AUGCCUUCCCUGCUUGCUUCUUUCUCAUUCGUAGUUUUGAUUGGAUGCCUUGCUGCUCAGCGUCCUUCAGGGUCAUGUGACUUUCAAGAGCUUCAACGAUGCCAAGCGGCUUUCAACGAUGAAAUGAAAAUUCAGCGUGAUCUGUCUGUUCAGGACUAUGACAAACUUAGUCGUUCCAUCCAAACUGUGUGGGCUAACAAUGGAGCUGCUGGUGUUCAAACUACUUGCAAUGCUUUCAAAUCUUUCAAGACAUGCUUCAUAAACUCUGAUCAUUAUUACAAUUGCGUCCAGGACCCUCUGAAGCUUCUCAUUGAUUCUAAUGGAACUGCUACUGGCAUUACCAGAGAGCAAUCUUAUGGUUACGACAAAAUCUUCAAUCAGUUCGAUUUUGCUUGUGGAGCUGGCUUCAUGGGCUUUGCCAAUAACGAUGCUUGUGGAUCAACUGUAUUCAACAUGCGUACUCGUGAUUUGGAUAACUGCCAAAACGCUUUCAUCCAAAACGUUAACACAACACCCCAAAAUGCAUGCUCUUUUGUUGCAAUUGCCAAACAAUGUGUAUCUGAUGUAUUUGCAUCUCAAUGCCCGAAUGCUCCAGAGAUGGCAUGGUGGGGAUGUCAAUAUGAGUUAUCAGGAACUCAACUCUUGUUCCCUCAGUGUACACAGAUAUUCUGUACUUAUAACGAGCAGCGUAGAUGA